UGAAGUAUUAUCAUAACUAUUAAAAAAGACUACUUACUGGUGUGUACUGUUGUUGCAUAAUUUAAUUAGUUUUCAUCUCAUAUAAUGAAUAUAAAAUUUUGAUUAUUUUUAUUGAAAUGUUGUUUUGGCAUUUAAUACUAGUUUCAAUAGCAGUAAUAACUGCUACGAGUAUAUCAGUACAAGAAGAUAGACCUACAAAAUCCUUUCAAAAUAAAAAAAAUGUAGCUCAUAAAAAUGUCAAAACUAAGAAAGUUGAAAGAAAGGGAGUAUAUGCUGGUGGUUGUAUUGAAAGUCCAGAUCCACCAAUUAAUGGGAAAAUAAAAUGUUCUAUAGACAGUGGAUGUAUUGCCAGCUGUGAAUAUGAUUAUAUUUUUCCAAUUGGACUAAGUCAACUGGCUAUAAUAUGUAAUGAUGCAAAGUGGGAUAUUGUUGGUACAGAAUGGAGUACAAUACCACAUUGCCAACCAAUAUGUAUGCCCAAUUGUCAAAAUAGUGGAAUUUGCAUUGCACCGCAUCAAUGUAACUGUCCUGAAAAUUUUUCUGGCCCACAAUGCCAAUUUGAAAAUAAACCAUGUAUGGAUUCUGUACCACGUGUUCUUAAUUCUUAUAAACAUUGUAAUUCUAAAUUUUGUACUAUAUCUUGUAUGGAAAAUUUUGUAUAUCCAGAUGGGUCGGCAGUUGCCAAUCUGGUUUGUAAAAAUGGUAAUUGGGUACCAACUAGGACAGAUUGGGUAUCAAUUCCAGAUUGCAUACCUAUUUGCAAUCCACCGUGUCAGAAUGGUGGUCAAUGUCUUCCAACAAAUGUAUGUCUAUGUCCACAAGAAUUCAGAGGACCUCAAUGUCAAUAUUCACAGGAUGUCUGUAAUAAUAAAAAACUGAACUUCAAUGGUGGUAUUUAUUGUAUUAGCUCAGAGAAUAUAAAUUCCUGUACAUUAAAUUGUCCACUUGGCACAAAUUUUGAAUUUUUACCAGCAGCUAGAUAUACUUGUAAUUAUGAUACAGGAGUUUUCUUACCACAGCCAAUUCCUCAAUGUAAAGAUGAUAAUAAUAUAGAUAUUUUCACUGCCUAUGAGUCUAAUCAUACAUGGUCCAUUAAUAGUAAUUUUAUAUCCACCGUGGAAAAUAAUACCAUUGAUUUUCCAAUAUCUAGAGGUGACCAAAUGAUAAAGGAUAUAUAUGGGUCAUUGAAUAAUAACUAUGUUCUUAUUGAAGCGAAACGACCUGAACCAAAGACUUGUUUUACUUGGGGUGGUACACAUUAUAAAACUUUUGACGAUCAAAUUUUUAGUUUUGAAGAUAAUUGCAGUCACAUUAUGUUGCAAGAGAUGAGCAAUGCUGUUUUAACGAUAACUGUACGAAAUAGUCCAACCUGCAGAAUGGAAAAUCGUUGCUUUAGAAUUAUUGAACUUUUCGUUGGUGGAAAGGAAUAUAUUCUUUCACGGAAUGAGAGGGAUAUACCUGAAUUUCGUAACAUUAAAAAAUCUUUUCCAAUACCAGUUCGUUUGCCAGGCUUACGUGUUGAUAUGUCAGCACACUUCAUUAUUGUUUAUUUAGACUCAUUAGGAGUCAAAUUGAAAUGGGAUGGAGGGCUAUUAUUACAGAUAGACGCAUCUGAAACUAUGUGGAAUAGAACAGCAGGUUUGUGCGGAAGAAUGAAUGGCGAUGCUAGAGAUGAUUUGAUAGGUAAAACUGGGAACCAUCCGAUUAAUAUUGAAGUAUUAGCAAAUAGUUGGCAAGUUGAAAAUAUUGGCGAAACAUGUAAUGAAUAUCCAAAAGUAGAGCAUUCUUGCAUAUCAGAAUAUGCUCAAGAAGCUGAUGAAUUUUGUACAAAAUUAUUGUCAGAUAAUAAAUUUCGAAGUUGUUCAAGUACAUUAAAGAUUUCAGAUAUGAAAUUAGCUUGUAUCUGGGAUUAUUGUACUUGUAAUGAUUUAGAUAGAAGGAUAUGCGCGUGCGAUACAAUGAAUGUUUAUGUAAGACAAUGUGCUCACAAAGGUAUUGUUCCUUUGUCCGGCUGGAGAAAUGAGAAUUUUUGUCCAAUGCAAUGCACAAAAGGACGUAUAUAUAAGAAAUGUGGACCAAGGGCACAACCUUCUUGUGGUUUUGAUAUUGAUUCUAAUAUAAAUGAUGAUGAUUGCGAAGAAGGUUGUUUUUGUCCUGAAGGUUUUUUGAUGCAUGAAGAUAAAUGUAUACCACAAGAAGAAUGUCCUUGUAGAUUAAGAAGAAAAUUAUUUCAACCUGGAGAAAGCGUGGCAAAAGAUUGUAAUACUUGUACUUGUACUUCUGGCAAAUGGAUUUGCACACAAAUACAAUGUGCUGCUAGAUGUGCUAUCAUUGGCGAUCCACAUUAUACAACUUUUGAUGGUAAACACUAUGAUUUUAUGGGUAAAUGUAAAUAUUAUCUGUUAAAAGGUGAGAAUUAUAGCAUUGAAAGUGAGAAUGUUCCAUGCUCUGGAGCAAUAUCAGAGUAUUUAGGCUUCAUUACGUCAGAUACACCUUCUUGUACAAAAACGGUAACAAUAAAAAUAAAUCAAGAUACUGUCAAAUUAAAACAAAAUAAGCAAAUAGUAAUCAAUGGUGAAGAUGUAAAUAAAUUACCACUUUUUGUUAAUGGAAUAAAAUUACAAGCUGCUAGUAGCAUAUUUGUAGUGGUUCGUAUGUUAAAUGGUUUAGAAGUUUGGUGGGAUGGUAUGUCACGUGUUUACAUUAAUGCACCAGCAGAAUUUCAUGGUAAUACAAGAGGACUCUGUGGAACAUUUUCUAAUAAUCAAAAAGAUGAUUUUAUAACGCCAGAUGGUGAUAUCGAAAAAAUAGUAACUCUCUUUGCUAAUAAAUGGAAAACAAAUGAACAAUGUUUAGAUGUUCAUGAUAGUGAACCAAUGCAUCCUUGUGAUUUGAAUCCACAAAAGCGUGUUUAUGCAAAAGAAUAUUGUUCUAAAUUGUAUUCAGAUAUAUUUUCUGAUUGUCAUUGGUAUGUUGAACCUGAAGUAUUUUACAAAGAUUGUUUAUAUGAUAUGUGUGCAUGUACAGCUGAUAUUAAGACAUGUUUCUGUCCUAUGCUAUCGGCAUAUGCAAAGGAUUGUUCAGAAGCAGGAAUAAAAUUAUUAUGGCGUCAAGAAAUUCAAGAAUGUAGCAUUCAUUGCUCUGGAGGUCAAGAAUAUCAAAUUUGUGGAAGUAGUUGUAGAAGAUCGUGCAGUGACAUAUCUUUUAAUCCAGAUUGUAAAGAAGAAUGUGUUGAAGGUUGUAAUUGUCCUGAAGGUCAAACAUUAGAUAUUAUGGGUGAAUGUAUCCCAAUUGGUCAAUGUCCUUGUAUUCAUUCAAAUAUUGAAUUUAAAGCUGGUUAUCAAGAAUUACGGCCUGGACAAAAAGGACAGGAUUUAUGUACUUGUACAGGUGGUAAAUGGAAUUGCAGACUUGCUACAUCAAAUGAGAUUGAAAAAUAUCAAUUAUUUAAUAAUACAUCAGUUAGUUGUUCUGCAACUAAGAAUUUAAUAUUAACGGAUUGUGAGCCAGUACAAUCAAAAACAUGUCAUAAUAUGCAUAUACCAAUUACAGAAAGUAGUAGUACUUGUAAACCAGGAUGCAUUUGUAAAACCGGUUAUGUUUUGGAUGUAAUAAAUGGCGUUUGUAUCAAAGAAGAAGAAUGCCCUUGUCAUCAUGGAGGAAAAAGUUAUAAAGAGGGAUCGAUUAUACAAAGUGAUUGUAAUACCUGCAAAUGUACAAGCGGAAAAUGGAAUUGUACGGACAGAAUAUGCGCAGGCGUUUGUUCCGCAUGGGGUGAUUCUCAUUAUGAAACAUUUGAUGGCAAAUUAUUUAAUUUCCAAGGUGUAUGUGAUUAUACUUUAGCGAAAGGUGUUUUGAGCAAAGAAGAAACAUUUUAUAUUUCUAUUCAAAAUGUUCCUUGUGGAACAACCGGAGUAUCCUGUUCUAAGUCUGUAACACUUAAAGUGGGACAUAGUGCUAAUCAAGAAAUAAUUACAUUAACAAGAGGAAAAAGAUUGCCUAAAGAAAACUUUAAAAGGAUUGCUAUUAGGACAAUAGGUUUAUACGUGUUCCUUGAUGUGCCUGAUUUAGGUUUAGUAUUACAAUGGGACAAAGGUACUAGGGUUUAUAUUAGAUUAGAUCCAAAAUGGAAAGGGCAUACAAUAGGUCUUUGUGGUGAUUAUAAUGAUAAUAGCAAGGAUGAUUUUAAAACACCUUCUGGUGGCAUUUCUGAAGUUUCUUCUAUCUUAUUUGGAGACUCAUGGAAAAUAAACGAUUUUUGUCCUGAACCUAAAGAUAUUGAAGAUCCAUGCGAACAACAUCCAGAACGAAAAAUAUGGGCCAUUGAAAAAUGUAAUAUUUUGAAAUCUGAUCUUUUCCGGCCGUGUCACUCCGAGGUGGAUAUUGAAUUUUAUAUACGAAAUUGUAUUUUCGAUGCAUGCGGUUGCGAUACAGGUGGCGACUGUGAAUGCCUUUGCACAUCAUUAGCAGCAUAUGCUCAACAAUGUAAUGCAAAAGGUGUUCCUAUAAAAUGGCGUUCCCAAGAUCUAUGUCCAAUGCAAUGCGAUAAAGAAUGUAGUACCUAUUCUCCAUGUAUUUCAACAUGUCCCUAUGAAACUUGUGAUAAUCUUUUAACUAUUAAAGAUAAUUUACAUUUAUGUUCACAAGACGCUUGUAUAGAAGGUUGUUUAUUUAAAGCAUGCGCCAAUGAUCAUAUCUACAAAGAUAAUAAUUAUACAGAAUGUGUUCCUAAAUCAACAUGUAAGCCAAUAUGCGCAGAAAUUAAUGGGACUGUUUUCUUGGAAGGCGAUGAAGUUAGCAGUGAUAAUUGUCAAACUUGUUUCUGUAGUCGUGGUAAAAUAAUAUGUCAAGGUGGACCAUGUACAACUACCCCAACAUUACCUACGAUUCCUAUGGAAGAACCACAAAAAUGUAUAGAUGGCUGGUCAGCUUGGAUAAAUAAUGAUAAAAACGUAAAAGGACAGAUGCUCAAUGACAUUGAACAAUUACCAAAUUGGACUGAUUUGGCAUCGAUUGAGGGAUCAGCCGUAUGUACAAAGGAACGAAUGAUUGAUAUAAAAUGUCGAUCGGUAAAGAAUCAUUUAACUCCAAAAGAAACUGGUUUAGAUGUUGAAUGUAGCUUGGAACGUGGCCUUUAUUGUAAAUCACAACCAGAUUUUCCAUGCAUAGAUUUUGAAAUUAGUGUUUUGUGCCAGUGUACAUCAAAAACUACGGAAACAUCAAUUAUAAUUUCAACCAUUACCGAAGAACCAGAAGAGAACGUUUGCGAGUUGGCAAACUCUUAUAAAGCACAUCCAACAGAUUGUUAUAUUUUUUAUCAUUGUACUCCUACAAUUAAUCAAAAUGUAUGGGUUGAAAAAACAUGUGGUCCAGAUAUGUUUUACAAUCCGAAUCUUAAAAUAUGUGAUUGGCCAGCAAAUGUUAGACUCAUAAAACCUGAAUGUUCUCUUAAACAAACAACCUCAAGUAAUGAAACUGAACAGAUUACUACAUCUUAUGAAAACACGUUCACAACAAUUUAUGAGAAAAACGUUACCACUAAAAGAUUAUGUGAAAUUGGUGAGAAUUGGAACGAUUGUUCUAUUAAAUGUAGUCAAACUUGCGAAUAUUAUCGUUAUUCUUUAUUAGAGCAAGGCUUUUGUAAAGGAGAUACAGAUUGCAUUCCAGGAUGUGUAUCAUUAAAAAGAACAGAAUGUCCUUUGUACAAAUUUUGGAAGGACUAUGAUACAUGCGUUGAUCAAAUUGAUUGCACUUGCAAAUCUCACGAGGGACAGAGUGUAAAAGCAGGUACCGUUGUUAAAGAAACCGAAUGUGAAAUAUGUCAAUGUAUUAAUAAUUAUUAUACUUGCGAUAAAACAAUAUGUACAAAUGUUACUCAUCAAGUCGAAGAAGAAACAUCACCGUCUACACUUAUAUACAAUUACGAAACGGAGUCUUCAACUUCUAAGCCUGAAGAAAAGAAUAUAAUUAUUGUAUCCAGUACUGUAACUCCACCUGAACAAUGUGAUAGUGAUAGAUAUAUACCAUUAAUUCAACAAUCUACGCCAAAUCAAAUUUCUUUUUAUGCUAGUAGCAGUAAUGGUGUUGAAUUUCAGCCUGAAAAUGCAUUAUUUGAUAGUCAAAUAUCAAUGGAGCCUGUUAAAAGUUGGCAACCAGAAUUUGUUGACAAAAAUCAAUGGCUUGCUAUAGAAUUUCAACAUCCUCUACCAAUUUAUGGUAUCAUUUUGAAAGGUUCACCAAGUGACGACAAAUUUGUAACAAGUUAUCAAAUUCUUUUCUCUGAUGAUGGCCAUGCAUUCUCAUACGUAAUGGAUACUACAAAACAACCACGUAUAUUUAGAGGACCUGUCGAUGGCAUUAAGCCGGUUGAACAAAAAUUUUAUGAACCCAUCGAAGCAAAAAUUAUCCGUAUAUAUCCUUUGACAUGGCACAAUGGUAUUGCUAUUAAAGCCGAAAUACUUGGUUGCGAGGAAGUUACAGUUAAAAGUACAAUUGUGACCAAACAAUUAUCAACAACUAUAAAAGAAUUCUUUGGAUCAACGACCAUUGGAUAUACCGAUAAAGUUAUAAAACCAGUGUGCAAUGAUACCAUGGGCCUGGAUGAUGGAUUAUUGUCAGAUGCACAAAUCUCAGCAUCCUCUUCGUUCGAUAAUCUUUUACCAAAUAUCAGAUUAUCAGGAUUGGGUCUAUGGAGACCAAGAUUGGAUAAUUUAAAUCAAUACGUUCAAUUUGACUUUUUGGAACCACGAAAUAUAACAGGAAUUAUAACAAAAGGAUAUAAUAAUGUAUGGACGACUGUUUAUAAAGUUUUUUAUAGCAUUGAUGGUCGUCAAUGGAAUCCAAUUAUUGAUGACAAUGACAAUGAAGUAGAAUUUUUAGGAAAUUUCGAUUCCAACAAUGUUAAAACGAAUUUAUUUGAAAAACCAUUGCGAACAAGAUUAUUACGUAUACAACCGAUAAAAUGGCACGAUCAUAUAGGAUUAAAGGUUGAAAUACUCGGAUGUUUCUUACCGUAUCCCAUAGUAACAACAGAAUUGCCUGGACCAACGGAACCAAAUAUAUCCGUAUGUAAUAUAUGCGAGGGUAUAUUAACAGAGAGCAAUGUUAAAUGUAAAUGCGAUCAAUCUUUAUGGUGGAAUGGAGAAACUUGCGUUUCAAAACAAAAUUGUCCAUGCGUUGUUGGUCAUAUUACAUAUGCUGUUGGAUCAAUCUAUGAAUCAGAAGAUUGUCAACAAUGUUCUUGUACAUUAGGUGGUAUACCUUCUUGUAUAUCAAAAAAAUGUGAACCAUGUACCGAGCCAGGAAUGCAAGUAGUCGUCACAGAAUUAUGUAGCUGCGUUUGUAAACCUUGCCCAUUUGGUAAAAGAUAUUGUCCAACUAGUAAUGUCUGUUUAAAUGAAACAUUAUGGUGUAACGGGGUACAAGAUUGUCCUGACGAUGAAAAGAAUUGUCCAAAAAUUGAAACAUCAUCUAUCGGACACUUUGAAUCUACAAUUAAAUCUACAACCAAUUCAAUUUCUACCUUAAGCACAGUUUCAGUUCCUUCAGUUCAAUGCGAAGAACCAAAAUGUCCUCCUGGAUAUAAGAUAGUUCAACAGAACAUGUGGAGUUCACAUUAUACAACUACAACAGUUUAUACCAGUAGCAAUACUUAUAAAGAAAUUAAUUAUAUUCAUAAAACAAAAAGUAAUUAUAAUAGUUAUGUAAAGGUUAAACAAAAACCAACAAAACAGUUAAUAAAAAAGAAAAAUAACAGAGAAUCAUGGACGCGUCAUCAUACUGUUGAUUAUAAAAAUUAUAACAAUGGAGAAAGUAUGAUCUGUCAACAAUUUACAUGUGUCCCUAUAAGUCCACCGGUUUUAAUUAAUGAAACAACGGAAUAUUGUCCAAAAGAAGCAUGUCCUCCGAAUUAUACGAUAAAAUAUGAAAAAGUGAGUAUGUAUAAGAUUGAAAAAUGUCCAAAGUAUACGUGCGAGCCACCAGUACCAUUGGAAGCUAUUUGCAACGUUACGGGCAGAACAUUUAAUACAUUUGAUGAUUUAGAAUAUAAAUAUGAUAUCUGCAAUCAUAUUUUAGCAAGAGAUAUGUAUGAAAAUAAAUGGUAUAUAACGUUGGAAAAAGAGUGCGACAAAUAUGGUAUCCAAUGUUCACGAAAUUUAGUAAUAUUUAUUGACGAUGAAGUAAUAGUUUUAUAUCCAGAUAUGCAUAUGGACAUCAACGAUUAUACUUUUACAUCAAAUCAGGUUGGAUAUCUUGGUGAAAAAUUCAAAUUAUUUAAAGUGUCAUGUGUUGGUGACACUAUAUAUCUUACUUGCAAGCAUUAUGGAUUUUGGGUUAUGUGGAAUGCAGAUAUGAAUGUUAAAAUUGGUAUUAAUAAAAAAUUGCAUAGCCUUGUCGAUGGUCUUUGCGGUUACUUUGAUGGAUAUAUAUUAAAUGAUAAACAAAUGCCCGAUGGAAAACAAUCUAAAAGUACAAUUGAAUUUGGAAAUAGUUGGAUAAUGGAAGGUGCAUCGCAAUGUGAAUCUCAAGUAUGUCCACGUGAUAUCCAAGAAAAGGGAUGGAAAAUUUGUAAUAUGAUAAAAGACAGAUCUUUGGCUGUUUGUUCUGGUGUGGUAGAUUUUGAAAAAUUCCUUUCAAGAUGUUUAGAGACCGUCUGCACAUGUUUACGCAGUAAUUCUACGUACGAUAAUUGUCGUUGUCGUACAUUGACAACUUUCGUUACAGAAUGUCAGGCUAAUAAUCAAAAUAUUGAUUUGUCAACUUGGAGAAAUAUUUAUGAUUGUCCUGACAAUUGUUUGGCACCAUACGUACAUAAAGAUUGUUUCCGGAAUAAAUGUGAACGUAGUUGCAACGAUUUACAAGAGGCUGAUCCUUGUCCGAUUAUGGAAGGUGUAUGCUUCUCGGGUUGUUUUUGUCCAGAGGGUACAGUACGUAAUGGUAAUGAUUGCGUUCUUACAACUGAAUGCCGUAAUUGUAUUUGUGAAGGAUUUGGUAAUUCAAAGUUUAUUAGUUUCGAUAGAAAAAAUUUCACAUUCCAAGGAAAUUGUACAUACAUUUUGUCGAGGGAUAUUAUUGACAAAACAAAUUCGCAAUAUAAAAAUCAUACAUAUCAGGUCUUAGUUUCCAAUACUAUUUGUGAUACUGGUAUUUGCACAAAGGCGAUUAUUGUUUUGUAUGAAUCGCAUGUUAUCCAAAUUGAAAGAACACCUGUUACAAAAAUGUUCGACAUAAAUAUUGAUAAUAUUAAAGUGGAACAAUUGCCAUAUAAAACGCAUUGGGUGAAAUUGGAAGAAACAUCUGGGAAAGAUAUGAAAUUAUUAAUACCAGCUAUUCAAUUAGAAAUAAUUAGUAUGCAAUCUAAUUUUGCUUUUACAGUUAGAAUUGCCUCUCGUAUAUUUGGUGAUGCCGUUGAAGGUUUAUGUGGAAAUUGUAAUGAUGAUAUAGAGGAUGAAUUGAAACAACAAGAUGGAAAGAUUACAGAUAAUGUUGAACAAUUUGGAAAAAGUUGGUUGGUCGAUAGUAUACCGAUUAACAUUGAUCUGAAAAUUGACAAUUGCAUUUCUAUAGAAGGUUCUAUAUGUAAUAAAACAAUAUUAAAAGAUGAUCCGUGUAAUCAAAUUUUAAGUACAAUAUUUGCACAAUGUCAUGAACUUGUUGAUCCAUAUCCAUAUUUAGCUAUAUGUCAGGAUACAUUAUGCAUAGGUGGAGAUUAUUGUAUUAAUAUAGCGGCAUAUGCAAGAAAAUGUUCAGAAGCAAGUUUAUGUAUUGAUUGGAGAACAGAUGACAUAUGCCCGUAUACAUGUCCAUCAUAUUUAAAAUAUAAAACGUGCGGUUCGGGUUGCAUUGAAACUUGCGACGAUAUUAACAAAGAAAGUAAAGAAAAAUGUCAUGCACAAUUUGAGGAAGGAUGCUUUUGUCCAGAUAAUUAUGUACUUUAUAAUGGCACAUGCGUUAAUAGAAAAAAAUGUUCUAUUUGCGACGAAGAUGGUCAUAUAGAAGGAGAUAUUUGGUAUUCGGACAAAUGUACUACAUGCAAUUGUCAUAAAAAUCGAGUUAAUUGUCAGAAGAUAGAAUGCUCGACGUUAGAUACAAUUUGUGAAGAAAGUAUGACGCCUAAGCUUGUGCCCGGUACGGAAACAGAAUGUUGCCCAAAAUAUUCCUGUAUUGCAGCAACAGAGUCUCCAUUAUGCGAAGAUACACUGCAACCUGAUUGUGGAUAUGGACAGAUUAUGAAAUUGCAUACGGAUACUAAAGGAUGUAAAAAAUUCGUAUGUGAAUGUUUACCACCGGAAGAAUGUCCUACAUUUGAAUACGUUGAUACAGAAGUUGAAAUAUUGGAGGAACCUGGUAUGACGAAAGUUAUGAAUACAAGUGGUUGUUGUCCAAAAUUCGAUGAGAUUUGUAAUCCACAAUUAUGUCCUUCAAUACCAGUUUGUCCAGAUUAUUAUACAUUGAAUAAAAAUCAAUUAACAAAUGCAUGCUGUCCAGAUUAUGAGUGUAAUCCUCCAAAAGAUAUUUGUCUUUACAAUACAACGUCGUCAAAUGUGAAAAAUAUAUCAGGAUCACAAUAUGUAAUACCAAAAGAAAUUGGAGAAGAAUGGAAAGAAAAUAAUUGUCGUACGUGCAUUUGCGAAAAGACAGAUAUGGGUCCUGAUAUAAAGUGUACAAUGAUAAAAUGUCCUGACGUUCAAAUUCAUCCAGAUAUAAGUGAUUUUGUAAUGGAAGAAGUUUUGAUAAACGAUGAUUGUUGUCCAAGUUUAAAACGUGUAGCAUGCAAGGAAGGGGAUCAAAUUUAUAAUAUUGGUGAAAUAUGGAAACCUGAUCAGGAUAAUGCUUGUAUAACAAAAGAGUGUGUAGAAGUUGCAGGUGUUAUACAAAAACAAAUAAUAAUACAGGAUUGUAAUAUUUCUUGUGAUUAUGGUUACGAGUAUCGGCCAUCUAAUGAUAAAAGUAAUUAUUGUUGCGGAGAGUGUAUACCAAUUGGUUGUGUUGUAAAUGAAGAAAUUAAAAAUAUUGGCGAACAAUGGUAUUCCAAUGACAGUUGUAUCACUUAUUCUUGUCAAUCUAUGAAUGGAAGUAUAUAUAUAAAUUCAGCAACUGUGUACUGUCCUCUUAUCGAUCUAAUGGAUGAACAAGAAUUUGUAAUUGAGAGAUAUUUUUUACCUAACAAAUGUUGUCCGGAUAUUGUUAAAACAGCUUGUCGUCAUAAUGAUCAAAUAUAUAAACCAGGUGAAAAAUGGAAACAAUUGAAUAAUAAUUGUAUCACUGAAAUAUGCGUAUUAGAAACAAAUGGACUUACGAAAAAACAAGAAAUUGAAACUUGUUCCGAAGAAUGUCCUAUGGGUUGGAAUUAUCAAGCACCAAUGGGAGACAAAUGUUGUGGUGAUUGUAAACAGAUAUAUUGCGUUUAUGAAAAUAUUCUUUACGAGCCAGGUGCAACGUGGUCAUUAUUGAAUAAUAAUUGUACAACAUAUACGUGUAUGCAAAAAGAUGAUCAGUUUAUGGUCAGUAUGAGUUCCGUAGAUUGUCCUAAAAUUACAAAUUGUCCAGAAGAAUUAAUAUACAAUGAUGGUUGCUGCAAACGAUGUAAUUUAACAAGUCUUAAUCAAAUGGGUACUUGUACUGUUAACAAAAUGAAGUUGAACGAUACCAUUGGUAUUCUUAUCGAAGAAAAUGGAGUAUAUGGUAUUUGUAAAAAUUUAGAGCCUAUAGAAGGAAUUACAAAUUGUGUUGGAACUUGUCUCUCUAGAACAUAUUUUGAUAAAGAGACAUGGAGUCAGUCUAAUGAUUGCAAUUGUUGUCAACCCAAAGAAUAUCGUGAUUCUAUUGUAGAACUUACUUGUGAAAAUGGAAGAAAGAUUUCAAAGAAAGUAACUCUACCAAUAUCGUGCUCCUGUAAUAUGUGUACAUCAAUAAAAUAAUUAACGAUUUAAGAUCAUUUAA